UCAUUCAUUCGCUGGUCGUUGCUCAGCGAGUGCGGUUCUGCUGGACUUUAGAUAGAUACUCGGUUUCAUAGAGUUUCGCGAGUGUAGUUCACGAGUACCAUGGAUGAGAAGAUGAGGAUGCUACUACCCGGCUUUUUGCUGUCACUGCUUUGGCUUAUAUCACCGACUUCAGCACAGUUACCGAAUAAUGCUUGUUCGCAAUACUUUGAGUAUCUGUCAUUCAAUCAACAGUUUAUCGGCCACAUUUCAGUACGCCUUAAUCCGCAAUUUGAAAAUGUGCUCGUUGUUGAGUUCUCACAGCGCGGAGCUUACACGUGGAGCUAUGUGGGCAGCUUGACCCUGCUGGACAGCGACGAGCAGACUAAUUCAAAUUUACGUUUUGGAGAACCCAUCAACUACCGCGUUGACUUUCCAUUGCCCAGCAGUCCACCCAAAGUGACACAAAUCAGGCUCAACAAUCAGGUUCUAUGCAGUGCAGCUCAGUAUCCGUUACCACGAACAGCAAUCACACUUACGCAUAAGUUAACCUCACCGCAACCGCUGAGCUUUUUGGGACCAAAUCGUAUACCGACUGGUGUUAAUCCACCGUGGUCUGCUCUGCCGAACGAACCGCAGCCUGUUUACAAUAUUGAAGAGAUACCAUAUCAAGAGUUGACAACGCCCAGAACGCGUCCAGUGGCACAGCCCCAAACUGAUCUCGGCAGUCGAGCGGCGCCAAAGCCAAGGCCAGACCAAGUCGAGCAGUCGCUGAGUAGCAUUUGUGGACGUGAAAGAGCGCUUACGACGCCUCUGAUCUUUCAGGGUGAGCAGCUGCAACGAGGUCAGCUGCCCUGGCUAGUCGGAAUCUACGAGCGUUCAUUAGACAAUGGCCUGCCCUUCUUCUGCGGCGGCACUCUUCUCUCGUCUUGGACAGUGCUAUCCGCUGCACACUGCUUUCGCUUUCCUGGGCGUGAUCUGCCCGCAAAUCGAACUGUGAUCUCCCUUGGUCGCAACACCAUCGAUAUCGUGUCGGCGGGCGAGUUGCGCGAUGUAUCGCAGUUGGUGUUCCACGAGGAAUACGAGCCUAGAAGCGCACAGGCAGAUAUAGUACUCAUCAGACUGGCCAAGCAGGUCGCUUUCAAUGAUUUCAUCGUUCCCAUUUGCUUGUGGAGCGAGAACUAUCCGCUUCAGUUGCCGUCCGGCUAUAAAACCUAUGUAGCUGGCUGGGGUGCCGAUGAGAAUGGUAAUACGAACACGAAAGUGGCGAAAAUCAUCGACACGAAUAUUGUGACUGAGGCCGAUUGCCUGCGUGAGCUGCCCAGGAGACUGGUGCAGCCCAAAACGAUCUGUGCGAAGCGUGACAACGCCGGUCCUUGUGGCAGCGAUGGAGGAGGCGGACUGAUGCUUCGGGAGAACAAUGUGUGGCUGCUGCGGGGAGUCAUCUCGCUGGGUCUGACUAAGGAUAAUACUUGUGAUCUCUCCAAGGCUGCCCUCUUCACCGAUGUUGCCAAGCAUAUUGCUUGGGUGCGUCAGAAUAUGUGGGAAUAACUAUAACCAUAAUUAAUGCAACUAAACUAGGAUCUAGUUAUUUACAUAGUUAUAAGAACAAUUUAUCCUGUGAAUAAUGUAAAAAAUAAAUCAAAUCAAAAUGCACAAUCG